AUGAAAUUCUCCACCGUUUUCACUUUCUUCCUUGUCUCCCUUUCGCACCUCGUCUAUUCCUCGCCCAUACUGGCUUCUCGAGAAGAAGAAGUUGUGUGGUCGCCUACCAUUACGUAUCCUCUAGGCGAAGACAUUGUCUGGCAGUCAGGAAACACUGUGUACAAUAUGACUUGGGAAACGGAUAAUAUCCCUGAAGAUGCAAGAAACAACACUGGAAUCAUUAUGCUUGGAUAUCUCGACGAUAACGAUACCAGCUCAGAUGAGCACCUCGACUGGAGAAAACCUCUCGCUUGUGGUUUCCCCCUCACCGAUGGAAUCGCUUACUUCACACUCGAUCCUUCGAGAAACUUGACCACUCGGGACAGCUAUGUUCUUUGUUUGCUCGGCGACUCGGGAAACAUUUCGAACAGGCUCACAAUCCAGGCUGCUCAGGCAUGA